UUUUUUUAAUAUUUUUAUAGUUAUAUAGUUGUUUCUCUAUCAAGUUCUGCCAAGACAAAAUAAUUUAUAAAAAUGAAUUUUAUUGGUUCAAAUGAGUUACCAUACAAAGAAGCAAUGGAUCAAGUUCAUGCGUACAACUCUAAACUGCUGCUUGAAAGACGCUUGCGUAUGCCUUAUAUUGAUAGUCAAACUGGUUUAGCUCAACAAGACUGUCAUCUUUGGGUGAGUAGAGUUCAACGUUGUGCACCAUUAAGAGAUGGUCAAGUUUACAGUUAUCCUUCACGCCGAUGGAGAGUAAGACGUAGACCUGAUUUCACAGGCUCUUCUAAACCAAUGGAAAAACCAAAACCAGUUGAAAGCAUUGAACAUCAUGACUUUGAAAAGAUUUUUGGAGAUGAUUCCAACUCAUUUUCAAGAGAAGCAUUUCAUGUACCUUCUACUCCUGUGAGUACUUUAAAUCUCAGUAAUAUUGAUCAAGAAUAUUAUGGAGAUGAAGCAUUUGAUUCUGAGUUUGAUAGUGAUGACGAGUUUGUGCGGAAAAAAAAGCGUAAGAAUAAACUAAAGGAAUCUUUUCUUUUCUAUGACAACAAAAAGGGGAAAAAAAACGCUCUUGCCAUGAAACUUGCAGAGAAAGUACCUAUACUUACAAAAGAUGAGAUUAGCAGACUUGUUGGUGAAGAACGAAAGCGUCCGUACGGAUGUCAAAUAUGUAGCAAGCGUUAUAAAAACCAACAAGGUCUUCGUUAUCAUUAUGAACACUUUAAUCAUGAGGUUGAAGACUUCAACACUAACGAUACUGUUAUUGAAACUAUUGUAGACCAGCCACCAAAUGAUCAUGUGUCAGGGGCUAAGCGUCAGAAAGGAAUGCCACCAAGCUUAUAUUGUGAUUUCUGCCUCGGAAAUAUUGACGAAAAUAAAAAAAGUGGAAGUUCUGAGGAGUUAAUAUCUUGCUCAGAUUGCGGGCGAUCAGGUCAUCCUUCAUGUUUACAGUUUGAUGAUAACCUAGCAACACAAGUAAAGAAAUACAAAUGGCAGUGUAUUGAGUGUAAAUGUUGCUGUUUAUGUGGAACUUCAGACAAUGAUGAUCAGUUGUUAUUUUGUGAUGACUGUGAUCGUGGUUAUCAUAUGUAUUGCUUAGUACCUGCAAUCUCUGAACCUCCUGAAGGCAGUUGGCAGUGCCAAUUAUGCGAAGCACGAGUUAAAGGAGAUGAUGUACGUAAAGUUGCUGUACUUCCAGAGCAUAUGGAUUCAAGAUAACAUUGUUUUUACAAAAACUCUUAUUUCUGAUAUAGGCUAUAUAGAUAUUUCAUUUCAAUUGUUAAUUUGUGUAUAAAAAUAAUAAACCACCUAAAAAGACUAA